AUGGAGAAGUUCGUGUUGAAGAGCUCCGACGAUGUAUCCUUUGAAGUGGAAGAAGCGGUGGUACGUCAGUGUAAGGUUUUGUUGCCUAUGGUUGAAGAUUGCGCCGGUCGUGUAUGCCCGAUCAUGAACGUCACAGGCAAAAUCCUCGAGAAGGUGGUUGAAUACUGCAAGAAACACGUCGUUGUCGUCGACGGUGGCGAUUCUUCUUCCUCCUCCUCCGAUGAUGAUUAUGUUCUCAAGAAGUGGGACGCUGAGUUCAUAACGAAGAUGGAUCUUUCUACGGUUUAUGAUCUCAUCACGGCUGCGAACUAUAUGGACAUCAAAGGUCUUCUUGAUCUCACGUGCCAGAGAGUCGCUGAUGAGAUCGCAGCAUGCAAAGACCACAAGGAGAUUCGCGAAAAGUUCGGCAUCGAGAGUGACUUUACAGCAGAGGAGGAAGCAGAUCUUCUCAAGGAGAACGCGUGGGUGUUAGGUCCCAAAGACUUAAGGAACAAGUUACCAUAA